AGAAUGUCAUAUGUGUAUACGGCUGCACCACGAUUCUGUGUGAAUGCGUGGCGGGAGCAUAUGUACGUAUAUACGGCUGCACCAUGAUCCUAUGGGGAUGCUUGGCGGGAGCGUAUGUGUAAAUCCUACGAGGAUGCUUGGCAAGAACAAUUGUGUGAGACUGCACCACGAUUCUGGGUGAAUGCGUGGCGGGAGCAUAUGUGUAUACGACUGCACCAUGAUCCUGUGUGGAUACGUGGCGGGAGUCAGGAGGACGAGUUGGUGUCCAAUUGGAAAUAAAGAGAAAUUGUGAAAAUGAAUAUUGUUGAGAUAUAACAAGAAACGCUGUUAUUGGUUGUAUAUUUAUGAAAUAAUUGAAUGAUUUAGAUUAGAAGCUAAUGUCAAUAAAUAAUUGAAAGGAAUACUGCUUGUUGUAAAGCUUAAUGGGUCAUGACCACGCAUACACGAGGACGUGUGCAGGUCAAGAAGGCCGUGUCGCAGUUCUCAGAAAUAUUUGAAUUCGAUGAACGCUAAAGUUAUUUGGCGCUCAGAUUCGGUUGUCGCUUAGCAUAAGCCGCUGGUUCCUGGUAAAACAUGGAUUCUAGGAAUUCCUGCUCUACUCGUAGCGCGACGGCAUUGCCAGAUCUCUUUUAGAGUGGCGUAGUCGUCGAGUGAGGCCCGGUCGCCCAAGAGAGAGAGAGAGAGAACCGGAGAGCAAGAAGUUGCAAGAAGAUGAGCUCUGGUAUUUGAAGGGUAGUCAGUUUGAAUUGGGCUCUUGGCGCGAUCGGGACUUACUGCGCAAUCGAAAUGGCAGACCAUGAAAAUACUCCUUCUCCGUUAUCAGAAGUGGGAUCGGCCUUGCCACAGGACAAUGAAAGUGUUAUAGCUGCAUUAGAAGCUCAAAAUCGUGCCUUGUUGGAACUUGUGAAAUCAAUGAACGCACCGCGAGUGCCAUUAACGGAAGUUAAACCGAAUUCCAUAUCAUUGCCGAAAUUCGACCCUGAUAGUGCGGGCGCGGAUGCAAGUGCGUGGUGUAAUACAGUUGCAUUAAUAUUUGCUGAAAACAAUCGACAAGGCAGUGCUCUUGUCAUGGCACUCAGCAAAGCUAUGCAAGGAAGUGCUUCCCAGUGGUUGGCACAAAUUUGUUUCAGCGGCAUGACAUGGCCGCAAUUCCAGGAAUUGUUUGUGCAACGAUUCGUUGGUAUCGAGACCCCGGCAGCGACGUUGAUGAACAUCUUUAAUGGGCGUCCAAAACCAGGAGAGAAUUUACCCGAAUACGGAAGCCGCCUGGUGACGUCGCUUAUGUCAAAAUUCAAAUCAAUUGAAUUGGAAGAGCUCAUCGUAUCCAUCGUUUUGACGCAUCUUUCAAACUUGGAUGCUGGCCUUUUAAAGUCAAUGUUUACGGGCGCUGUUAAAACCCGCAACGAUCUGCAGCAACAAUUAAAGGCGUAUGCGUAUUUAAAACGCAACGAAUCCUUUGGAAACGAAGUCGAAAGGAAGAAAAUGAAACUACCAUCUCUAGUGAAGUGUCAUCACUGUGGGCGUCUUGGCCAUAAGAUUGCGGAUUGUCAAAAAAGGCGAACGGACGAGAGACACCGGACCACCUCAACUCCAGGACAACAACAACGCGCAGUCAACAACAGGACCUGCUUCAAAUGUAGGGAGUUCGGGCACUAUGCUUCGGAAUGCCCACGUAAUCGACAUAAUCUCAAGGAAGUCGAGAUUAACAAAAGAGUAAACUUGGUGGCCAUAGAACCAAAGGGAGUUUUGAAACAAUUUGGAAAGUGUAGCAGCGAAGUUAAGCGUCAGACUAGCACAGUGGUUUUAAGGGGCAUCGGAAACGAACCGGUGUGGAGCACAGUACAGAUAAUUUGUAAUGUUAAUAUAAACGAACAUUUUCUUGAAAUAUUGUUUCACGUUAUUAUGGAUACUUUUAUGAAUUUUGAUAUUCUUAUUGGAAGAGAUAUUUUAAGUCAAGGCUUCGGAGUCGUAAUUGAAGCAAAUAAAUUUAUUAUUUAUAAGCCUUAAAUGGUACAAGCACUGUCGUAUGAAUUAAAUCUGAAAAAUCGUUUUAAUUUUAAUAAAGACUUAAGUGAGUUUGAUAAAGAAAAAUUAGGUGAAAUAUUAGAAAAAUAUUCCAAAUCAUUUAUAGUGGGCAUUCCAAACACACGAGUAACAACAGGGCUGCUCAGCAUACGGCCCAUUGAUCCACAUAAGACUGUUCAGCGUCGCCCAUAUAGACUUAGUGAAGAAGAAAAGGCUAAUGUUAGGGAAAUGAUUAACGAAUUAUUGUCUGCAAAAGUUAUACGUCCUAGUAGUUCCCCUUUUGCUAGUCCGAUGAUGCUGGUCAAGAAGAAGAACGGUUCAGAUCGUUUAUGCGUAGACUACAGGAAACUAAACACAAAUACGGUGGCAGAUAAAUACCCGUUACCACUUAUAGCUGACCAAAUAGCCCGUAUGAGGGGAGCUAGUUUCUUUUCUUGCUUAGAUAUGGCUAGUGGCUUUUAUCAAAUUCCAGUUCACCCGGACUCGGUCGAACGUACGGCAUUUGUAACGCCCGAGGGGCAGUAUGAAUUUCUCGCCAUGCCAUUUUGGUUAAAGAACGCUCCAUCGGUGUUUCAACGUGCAAUAAUUAAUGCUUUGGGACCAUAAGCCCAUACCUAUGUUAUUGUUUAUAUUGACGACGUUUUGAUAGUUGCAGAAACGAAAGUUCAGGCAAUGGAAAGAUUAGAUGAAGUCCUUAAAAUUUUAAUGGAAGCCGGUUUCUCAUUUAACAUAAACAAGUGUACAUUCCUCACACAGAAAAUAAAUUACCUAGGGUAUGAAGUUAGUGCGGGAGAAAUACGACCAAAUGGUCGCAAAAUAAAAGCACUUGUGGAACUACCACCUCCUCAGACGGUACCUCAGUUAAGACAAUUCAUAGGAUUGGCUUCCUACUUCCGGCUUUUUGUGCCAAAAUUUUCAGAGUUAUUAAAACCAUUAUUUCUACUAACUUCUCAAAAACGCAAGGAACUUACAAUGAAAGACGAAAAUGAACAACUAAGACAGAAAAUAAUAGAAAUUUUGACAAGUUCUCCAGUACUGACCAUCUUCGAUCCCAAACACCCUGUCGAGUUGCAUACAGAUGCAAGUAUGGUUGGUUAUGGUGCCAUUUUGAUGCACCGAAUAGAUAAAAAGCCGUAUGUAUUCGAAUAUUUUAGUAAAUGCACAACUCCAGUCGAGUCCAAAUACCAUUCUUACGAGUUAGAAACUCUCGCAGUUGUGAACGCCGUUAAACAUUUCAGGCAUUAUUUGCAGGGUCUCGAAUUUGUGAUUUUUACGGAUUGCGAUUCAUUAAGGGCAAGUCGUUCCAAGACCACAUUGACGCCGAGGGUACACCGGUGGUGGGGGUACUUGCAGGCUUUUCAGUUUCGCAUUGAAUAUAGGAAAGGGGAGAGAAUGGCUCAUGCUGAUUUUCUGUCUCGUAAUCCUCUACCCGUCCAAAAAGA